AUGCACAAAUCCAAGGACAAACACACAUCAGAGGACACGGCACACUCAAAUGAUACAGCAGGGGACCCCUCGCAGCAGGGGACCCCUCGCAGCAGGGGACGCCCCGCAGCAGGGGACCCCCGCAGACCCCUCGCAGCAGGGGACCCCCCAGGGGACGCCCCUGCCGAGCAGGGGGACCCCCAGCAGGGGACCCCGCCCGACCCCUCGCAGCAGGGGACCCCCGCAGCAGGGGACCCCAGCAGGGGACCCCCCGCAGCAGGGGACGCCCUGCCAGGGGGACCCCUCGCAGCAGCAGGGGACCCCCCAGCAGGGGACGCCCGACCCCUCGCAGCAGGGGACCCCUCGCCGACCCCUCGCAGCAGGGGACGCCCCGCCGACCCCUCGCAGCAGGGGACCCCCCCGACCCCUCGCAGCAGGGGACCCCCCGACCCCUCGCAGCAGGGGACCCCCGACCCCCGCCAGACCCCUCGCAGCAGGGGACCCCGCCCGACCCCUCGCAGCAGGGGACCCCCGCCAGCAGGGGGACGCCCGGCCGACCCCUCGCAGCAGGGGGACCCCCGCCGACCCCUCGCAGCAGGGGACCCCUCCCUCGCAGCAGGGGACCCCUCGCAGCAGGGGACCCCCGCCAGGGGACGACCCCCCUCGCAGCAGGGGACCCCCCCAGCAGGGGACGCCCUGCCCCCCUCGCAGCAGGGGACCCCCGCCGACCCCUCGCAGCAGGGGACCCCUCGCCGACCCCUCGCAGCAGGGGACGCCCCGCCGACCCCUCGCAGCAGGGGACCCCCCGCCCGACCCCCUCGCAGCAGGGGACCCCCGCAGCAGGGGACCCCCCGCCGACCCCUCGCAGCAGGGGACCCCCGCCCCCCUCGCAGCAGGGGGACCCCAGCACCCCUCGCAGCAGGGGACCCCCGCAGCAGGGGACCCCGCCGACCCCUCGCAGCAGGGGACCCCCGCCGACCCCCGCAGCAGGGGACCCCGCCCGACCCCUCGCAGCAGGGGACCCCCGCCGACCCCUCGCAGCAGGGGACCCCCGCCGACCCCGCAGCAGGGGACCCCCGCCCGACCCCUCGCAGCAGGGGACCCCUCGCCCGACCCCUCGCAGCAGGGGACCCCCAUCGCCGACCCCUCGCAGCAGGGGACCCCGCCGACCCCUCGCAGCAGGGGACCCCCGCAGCAGGGGACCCCCGACCCUCGCAGCAGGGGGACCCCUCGCAGCAGGGGACCCCCGCAGCAGGGACGACCCCUCGCAGCAGGGGACCCCCGCCGACCCCCUCGCAGCAGGGGACCCCCCCACCCCUCGCAGCAGGGGACCCCCGCCCGACCCCUCGCAGCCCCCCGCAGCAGGGGACCCCCCCGACCCCUCGCAGCAGGGGACCCCCCGCCGACCCCUCGCAGCAGGGGACCCCUCGCAGCAGGGGACCCCCCGCCGACCCCUCGCAGCAGGGGACCCCUCGCCCGACCCCUCGCAGCAGGGGGACCCCCGCCCGACCCCUCGCAGCAGGGGACCCCCAGCCCCCCCUCGCAGCAGGGGACCCCGCAGCAGGGGACCCCCGCCGACCCCCGCAGCAGGGACCCCGCAGCAGGGGACCCCCGACCCCUCGCAGCAGGGGACCCCCCCCUCGCAGCCCCUCGCCAGGGGACCCCUCGCAGCAGGGGACCCCCGCCGACCCCCUCGCAGCAGGGGACCCCCCCCGCCGACCCCUCGCAGGGACCCCCGCCGACCCCUCGCAGCAGGGGACCCCCGCCCGACCCCUCGCAGCACCCCCCCGCAGCAGGGGACCCCCCCCUCGCAGCAGGGGACCCCCCCCAGGGGAACCCCCCCUCGCAGCAGGGGACCCCCGGGGACCCCUCGCAGCAGGGGACCCCGCCGACCCUCGCAGCCCCCCGCCGACCCCUCGCAGCAGGGGACCCCCCCGACCCCUCGCAGCAGGGGACCCCCGCAGCAGGGGACCCCCGCCGACCCCUCGCAGCAGGGGACCCCCGCCGACCCCUCGCAGCAGGGGACCCCGCCCGACCCCUCGCAGCAGGGGACCCCCGCAGCAGGACCCCUCCCUCGCAGCAGGGGACCCCCGCCGACCCCUCGCAGCAGGGGACCCCCGCCCCCCCGCCGACCCAGGGGGGACCCCUCGCAGCAGGGGACCCCCGCCGACCCCUCGCAGCAGGGGACCCCCCCCCGACCCCUCGCAGCAGGGGACCCCCCACCCGACCCCUCGCAGCAGGGGACCCCCGCAGCAGGGGACCCCUCGCAGCAGGGGACCCCUCGCCGGGGACCCCCGCCGACCCCUCGCAGCAGGGGACCCGCAGCCCCCCCGCCGACCCCUCGCAGCAGGGGACCCCCCGCCGACCCCUCGCAGCAGGGGACCCCUCGCCGACCCCUCGCAGGGACCCCCGCCGACCCCUCGCAGCAGGGGACCCCCCCGCCCGACCCCUCGCAGCAGGGGGACCCCCCGACCCUCGCAGCAGGGGACCCCCCCGACCCCUCGCAGCAGGGGACCCCCCCGACCCCUCGCAGCAGGGGACCCCUCGCCGACCCCUCGCAGCAGGGGACCCCCCGCAGCCGGGGACCCCGACCCCUCGCAGCAGGGGACCCCUCGCAGCAGGGGCAGGGGACCCCCGCCGACCCCUCGCAGCAGGGGACCCCCGCCGACCCCUCGCAGCAGGGGACCCCCGCCGACCCCCUCGACCCCUCGCAGCAGGGGGGACCCCCGCCGACCCCCUCGCAGCAGGGGACCCCCCGCCGACCCCUCGCAGCAGGGGACCCCCGCCGACCCUCGCAGCAGGGGACCCCCCUCGCACCCCUCGCCGACCCCUCGCAGGGGGACCCCCGCAGCAGGGGACCCCUCGGGGACCCCCCCCGCAGCAGGGGACCCCGCCGACCCCUCGCAGCAGGGGGACCCCCGCCGACCCCUCGCAGCAGGGGACCCCCGCCGACCCCCUCGCAGCAGGGGACCCCCGCAGCAGGGGACCCCCCCCGACCCCUCGCAGCAGGGGACCCCCGCCGACCCCUCGCAGCAGGGGGACCCCCGCCCCCUCGCAGGGGACCCCCGCCGACCCCCUCGCAGGGGACCCCGACCCCCCCUCGCAGCAGGGGACCCCCCCUGCCGACCCCGCAGCAGGGGACCCCCCGCCGACCCCGCAGCAGGGGACCCCCGCACCCCUCGCAGCAGGGACCCCCGCCCGACCCCUCGCAGCAGGGGACCCCCGCCGACCCCUCGCAGCAGGGGACCCCCGCCGACCCCUCGCAGCAGGGGACGCCCCCGACCCCUCGCAGCAGGGGACCCCCCAGGGGACCCCUCGACCCCCUCGCAGCAGGGGACCCCCGCCGACCCCUCGCAGCAGGGGACCCCCCGCAGCAGGGGACGCCCCGCCGACCCCUCGCAGCAGGGGACCCCCCGCCGACCCCUCGCAGCAGGGGACCCCCGCCGACCCCUCGCAGGGACCCCGCAGCAGGGGACCCCCGCCCGACCCCUCGCAGCAGGGGACCCCUCGCCCGACCCUCGCAGCAGGGGACCCCCAUCGACCCCUCGCAGCAGGGGACCCCCGCCGACCCCUCGCAGGGACCCCCGCGACCCCCUCGCAGCAGGGGACCCCCGCCGACCCCUCGCAGCAGGGGACCCCCGCAGGGGACCCCCGCCCGACCCCUCGCAGCAGGGGACCCCCGCCGACCCCUCCCCCGCAGCAGCAGGGGACCCCCGCCGACCCCUCGCAGCAGGGGACCCCUCGCAGCAGGGGACCCCCAUCGCAGCAGGGGACCCCCGCCGACCCCUCGCAGCAGGGGACCCCCGCCCCCCUCGCCAGGGGACCCCCGACCCCUCGCAGCAGGGGACCCCCCGCGACCCCUCGCAGCAGGGGACCCCCGCAGCAGGGGACCCCCGGGACCCCCGCCCGACCCCUCGCAGCAGGGGACCCCCGCAGCAGGGGACCCCUCGCAGCAGGGGACCCCCGCCGACCCCUCGCCAGGGGACCCCUCCGCAGCAGGGGGACCCCCGCCCGACCCCUCGCAGCAGGGGACCCCCGCCGACCCCUCGCAGCAGGGGACCCCCGCCCGACCCCCCCUCGCAGCAGGGGACCCCCCGCCAGGGGACCCCCGCCGACCCCUCGCAGCAGCACCAGGGGACCCCCGCCGACCCCUCGCAGCAGGGGACCCCCCGCCGACCCCUCGCAGCAGGGGACCCCCAUCCCCCUCGCAGCAGGGGACCCCCGCCGACCCCUCGCAGCAGGGGACCCCCGCCCGACCCCUCGCAGCAGGGGACCCCCGGGGACCCCCUCGCAGCAGGGGACCCCCGCCGACCCCUCGCAGCAGGGGACCCCCGACCCUCGCAGCCCCCUCGCCGACCCUCGCAGCAGGGGACCCCCCCGCCCCCCCGCCCCUCGCAGCAGGGGACCCCCGCCAGGGGGGACCUCGCAGCAGGGGACCCCGACCCCCGCCGCAGGGGACGCCCCAUCGACCCCUCGCAGCAGGGGACCCCCGCCCGACCCCUCGCAGCAGGGGGACCCCCGCCGACCCCUCGCAGCAGGGGACCCCCUCGCAGCAGGGGACCCCCGCCCAGGGGACCCCUCGCAGCAGGGGACCCCCCCGACCCCUCGAGCCCCCUCAGCAGGGGACCCCCGGACCCCUCGCAGCAGGGGACCCCCCGCCGACCCCUCGCAGCAGGGGACCCCCGCCGACCCCUCGCAGGGACCCCCCGCCGACCCCUCGCAGCAGGGGACCCCUCGCAGCAGGGGACGCCCCGCCGACCCCUCGCAUACGAACUGGCCAUGACUGACCCAGCAGUCCCGGGACAGCUGCGCGACACCAUCUCCUCUCAAGGAGCAACCAUCUGGAGGCACGAGGAACUGCUUCGUGGCCUUAGGGAGGGGGUCCAAACAAAAGCUGCCCGGAAGCUAAUCCAGCUUCGGCAGGACUCUCACUGUGUGGCAGAUGGUGUGGAUUUCAGCACGUUGGCAGCGGAGAGUGUUUGGACCCAGGAAGCACUGUUCGAUAUAUUCCUGCACGGCGUCUCGGAGGAGGACAAGCUUGCAGCUCGGGAGUUACCUACGGAUCUCGAUUACCUCAUCGCUUUGACCAUCUGA